GCAAAAACGCACGAACUACCAAAGCAACAACUUGAAUUCUACAGAUUGCAGUGCCAAUCGUAACUAAGCUGUGUCAAGCUGGUGGACUGGCGAGUGAUAACGCAGAGCUAGUCAAUGAAUGAGGCGUGAUCAAUAUAGAGCCGUAGAGGAGGAUGCGAGGGAGAGAAGAUGCUGGAGACGACCAGUGAUGUGAGGGGCUCCGUGCCACCUAUCAGUCGAGCAAUUGCUUGUCACACAUACACUAAACGUGAUGGAGCUCGGAGUAACAUUACCUAACAGUUGGAACACCUCAUAAAAUACUUUCUGUAAUGACAAUUGCGACACUGACAGCCCAGCCGGAUUGACAAGAUGAUCGUAAAUUACACAAGCAUUGACAUCGCUUCUGCAAACCCCUGUCCACAACAGAACAAGUGACAAGUGUUGCAAGCUAGUAACAGUUUAUCUUCAGGAAAGUAGUAUAAAACCAAUACCAUCAAGUUGUUCCUUAUAAUGGGAAACUCCAAAGAAAGUGCUCUCAUCUCAUAAAAGCAUGGAUGACAACUUUUUGUACACGACGGCGCCGGACACAAACUCUGGCUUCAGCACCUCGGAAGUGUUUAUUAACGGCCAGUUUACGACCAUUGCUCCAUCGCUGGACCUUGCCGCCAACAACUCCAUCAAGGAGGACGAUUACUGGAGAGUUAAUGGGUCAUUCAGCAAUGUCUGCAAUUCAAACUUCUCAAUGGUGUGGAAGCUUACAAGCCCGGUGUGUUCAACACGGUUCCAGACUUUUGCAUCAUUUAUGAUUGUUCUGAUUGUGCUCACAGUAAUUACCCUGUUGACCAUCAUCGGGAACAGUCUGGUCAUCCUCGCCUUGUAUCAGUACCGCUCACUCCGGACAAUGUCCAACUGUCUCAUCGGCAACCUGGCCAUCAGUGAUUUACUGCUUUCUAUGACCGUUAUGCCUAUAUCCCUGGGUAACGACUUGCUCGGGUACUGGGUGUUCGGAAGAACAAUGUGCACGAUCUGGCUGUGUAUCGAUGUCCUCUACUGCACAGCUUCAAUAUGGGGUCUGUGUACCAUCGCGUUUGAUCGCUACACUGCAACAGUGUAUCCGGUGUGGUAUCACGAGCAGAAGUCGAUUCGCAAGGUUGUUGCCUAUGUUGUGUUUGUGUGGAUCUUUUCAAUAAUCAUAUCAUUUGCGCCGUUUAUUGGAUGGCCGGAUAUGAUACCAAGUUUCUAUUACUACAAUUCGAAUCUGAAUCGCCACGAAUGUAUCUUAUUUUCAACAAAGAGUUAUGUAUUAUAUUCUGCGAUGGGAUCAUUCGUCCUUCCUGCCUGCCUUAUGGUGUUUCUGUACAUUCGGAUUUUCAGUGUUUUACAUGAGAGAUCAAACAACCUGAAACCACGGAAUAUGUCUUGUUAUCCUCCUCAAAGCCCUUCCAUUGGAAAUGGAUGUCCUCGAAUAAAUUCGCCAGAGGAUAACAGCAUUGAAAUGAAUCUGACACGUGAAAAUACAGCUUUCACGGUCACAACAGAACUGAUGAACAGCACAUUGUAUUUAAACGGAAACACGUUUACCCCAACCAGUGAAAUGAUUCCGACUGAGAUCGGCAAUGACGACCAGUCCUCGGAUUACCCUUCUAACGGAGAUUUACAAUCAGUGAAACCUGUGACAGAUACUGUGAGUUUUGCAAACCCUGAUUCGGAUGGACAUCAUCUCCUGGUGACUAACAACCCAAACGGUGAUUACAAACGAAGCCACAACGGUCUUCGGAAAAGCUGUUCCGAUGCCAUUGACCUUCAACGCCAGAAAGGCGACAAGUCCUGUGAUAAUGCCGUACGGAGCAAGAGUGUGAAUGUUCUGUCUGAUCUGUCAUCUGACGACUCGGACAAUCGCUGUAAGAAGACCCGUAAACACCAUCGGUUCUCCCUUCCAUGGAACCUGUCCAGCUUGGAACGCAAUCAACGGAUGACAUUAAGCAUGAAGCGACGAUUUGAACUGCGAGAAACGCGGGCGACCAAGCGCAUGCUCUUGAUAAUGGCAUGUUUCUUCAUCUGCUGGAUACCAUUCCUCUUCAUGUACAUCACGCGAAGCUUAUGUGAAGAAUGUUACAUGAAUGACCAUUUCGUGGCCUUUAUCAUCUGGCUUGGUUAUGCUAACUCAGGAGUAAAUCCAAUUCUAUACACGCUCUUCAACGAGGACUUUCGACGAGCAUUCAAGAAACUCCUAGGACUCAGUACAAGACGAAAGCCUUUCUAACUUCUCCCACUCAAUCUGCCACUAAAACUCUGCCUGAAUACGUAUGGUCUUUCACUGUCGGACAUUUCUAUCACCCACAGAAAUUUCAUUAGCAACUACAAGGUGUCUAUACCUAUAAACCAUAUUAUGAAUAAAAGUUUGCUAUAAUAUCA